AUCUUAGUGAAACUACAGAGCUGGUAAGCACCAAUACAUCUCGCAUACUCUUCAACAAGGGGGGCCUGGUAAUAAAAUUAUAUGGUCAACGGGUCAAGUGCCGAUUCUGCUGUCUACAUCUCCGCGCCUCGAGUCGAUUUAUCGUGUAGCAUCGUCCCAAGUACAUGCUGGCAAGGUCGACAAAUUUUGAUUCAUUUUCAACACCGUAUUCAAUUACCAUGAUUCUUACUUUAUCGUUACUGUGGACUGUCAUAAUUUGCAAGGUGUAUACUCUGUCCCUCUUUGAAGCACGCUGUCUGCGCUUCGAUCCCGGGCGAUACUACUCAAACUCAACUGUAACGGCUCUCGCAUUCAUUCCAGCCAAGACCACCCUACAGUUUCCGGACAAUGAUCAGUCGUGUAAGCGUCCGAGCCAACUGAUACCACAGGAUAUAUGUCGCAUCGCGAUGAGUCUGCCCACAUCACAUCGUUCAAGUAUUAUAUUCGAAGCAUGGUUUCCUAGCAAUUGGUCUGGUAGAUUUCUCGCCACUGGAAAUGGAGGAAUAGAUGGAUGUAUCAGGUACGAAGAUAUGGCUUAUGCGACGUCCAACGGUUUCGCCGCCGUCGGUAGCAACAACGGUCAUAACGGGACCACCGGCGUUUCCUUUGACGAGAACGACGAUAUAGUCACUGAUUUUGCCUGGCGUUCUUUACACACUAUUACCGGGUUCGGUAAGAAAAUUUUGCACGUUUUCUAUGAGAAACACCAUAGCAAGUCUUAUUACUUGGGAUGUUCCCUAGGUGGCCGACAAGGUAUCAAGGCUACCAUGAAGUUUCCGUCUGACUACGAUGGAGUUGUUGCGGGUUCACCCGCUGUCGACUUCAAUCAUAUGAUAUCUUGGAGAGGUAGUUUUUAUCCUAUGACGGGAGGAUCUGGGGAUGCUCGAUAUGUUGACCAGGCGUUGUGGAAAGGUCUGGUGCACGAAGAAGUCCUUCGGCAAUGCGACACCCUUGAUGGUGCAAAGGAUGGUAUCAUCGAAGAUCCUACCCGUUGUAAUUUCGAUCCAGGUGCACUACUUUGUGGGUCUGAUGCAGUCCAUGCCGGCUCCACGACCUGCUUGGGCACUGCUCAAGUUGAAGCUGUUCGCCGUAUCUUCAAACCCAUGACAGGCGCUCAUGGCGAGAUACUAUAUCCGGCAAUGCAGCCUGGCAGCGAAGAUAAGGCAUCAGAAGGCCUUUACAACGGAGCUCCCUGGCCUUACUCCUUAGACUGGUACCGCUAUGUCGUGUAUGACCCCUCUUGGAACGGUAGCCGAAUGACCCCUCGGGAUAUCCAGGCAGCAGAGUCUAGGAAUCCGUCAAACAUUCGCACUUUCCCAAGGCAAUUACAUGAAUUCAAGGCACGUGGUGGAAAGAUCUUGACAUUCCACGGCCAGCAGGACAACCAAAUUUCGAGCUUCAAUUCAAACCGUUUGUGGGACCGUCUGAACAUAGGCAUGUCCGGUGACCUUGACUCUUUCUACCGCUUCUUUCGAAUCUCGGGAAUGAAUCAUUGCAAUACUGGGCCGGGUGCUUGGGUCUUUGGACAAGGUGGAGGCGUGUCUGCGGCUGGCGUACCAUUUGAAAGUUCUCAAAAUAUAUUGGCUGCGUUGGUUGACUGGGUCGAAUAUGGACGAGCACCAGAACAUAUCGUGGGAACUAAGUUCGUGAACGACACAGUUUUAGCAGGCCAACACUUUCAAAGGCGGCACUGCAAAUAUCCUGCAACGAAUACCUUUGUAGGUACUGAUCCGUACGACGUCGAUAGCUGGGAGUGCCAUUAGCAAAGCAAAAUUCAGUACAUGGCAUCGACCGGGUGCGAGAGCUACUCUCUAACUUCAUGUAACAGGGGUUCGUAGCCCUUCAGUAGUCCCCGAAUGAUUCCGCAAUGCUUUCAGUAAUUCUCCGGUGCCUUGCUACGGCAUCGCCAGAUUAUCAUCCUGGAAUUGUGCGAUGUAUGGAUGAAUGAAAGAAGAUGGUGACUCGUGCGUUGUCUGGGAUUCAUUCCAUCCACCUGUAUCGGUCAGUGCUGAACUUCAUGACGAAAUGUCAAGCGAGAUGGAUUGUCCGUCUCGGCUGAUCACUGACCGAGCUCAAUACGAUUCUUCUGAACUGCU